UCCCGCAGUCUCAUUAAGAGCAUCAGAGGUGUAGUUUACGAAGUUGGAGUCCAUUCGUUUUUGUUCAAGAAAGUCUCUCAGUAUAUUAACUGCCCAUUUUGUUGUUGUUUUUGGUGUUGAUCUCAUCUUUGUCAUCUUCUGUUUGAUUUAAUUCUCCCGGUGUUAACUCCUUGUGCCGUUGCUUUCUUUUCUUCUUUUCCAUUUAUUUUUCUUCUGCUGCAUCCCAGUCAUCCUAGUGAAAUAACUCAUUGUUACUUUGUUGCGGUGUUGCAAUAAAUUGUAAACGGCUUUAACUGCGGUCCCGUUGCUAUGGUUACUAAUUUUAGAGACAUACGCCAGCUAGCGCAUUAACGGUAGCGCAUUAACGGUAAACAGACAAUUUGACGGAACUACUUGUCCAGGUGUCCGUAUAUCAGGAGUUAAUGCACACCCUGCAGCCAAUCAGAAUCGAGUAUUCCCGCAGACCGUGGUUUCAGUGCAGGGUAGUGAGGGUAAUGCAGCAUGUGUGUUCAAUCCUGCUUCCAAGUGGCUAUGUGAGGGUAAUGCAGCUUGUGUGUUCGAUCCUGCUUCCUAGUGGCUAUGUGGGGGCAGCUUAUGUGCUUAAAAUACGUAACAAAUAUAUAUAUAAUUCCGGGAGUUGUGAAGGGCCCAUGCAAGUGAACCGAUUGUCCCACGCAGUGACGGACUGGACGGUCUGGCAUUCGGGCAGAUGCCAGAAGGGCCGCGGCCUCUCGUGGGCCGUUUGGGCCGGCAUCAGUGUUCACGUUAGCCGGCUAUAGCCGGACAUUGGCCGAUUGCACGCACGCAUGGCCGGUAUAAUAAAAUGUAAACGGCCCACAUGUCCGGGAAAAAAAAGAAAGAAGUUCGCAUUUAUGUAUGAAUUAAUCAGUAGCAUAUGAAAACCAGUAGCGGUUCCUGGCCGAGCUCACCAGGGAGGCAAGCGCGAACGUGCAUUCAUGAACGCGUGCAGUGCACCCGCACAUGCAUAAACAUGUCACUCAGUGGCCACGCUGUUGAACGCUGAUUGGCUGUCAUCACGCGAAUUUCACGUCAAAGUUGAAAUAUUUAAACUCGAGCGAAUUUGUCGCGGCACAAAUCCUCGUGAACGCUCGCCUGUGCACGGCAAAAGUUUGCCGCAACAAACCAAAACUUUUCGCCGGUUUUCUCUCGCGAAAAAUUCGCCCGAUACUCGUCUCUACGUUCACUUUGUAUGGGAUCUUGUCGCCCCGUCCCGUCGGGCCUGAUAAUGCAGCAGGCAACAUCCCACAUCACCAAGGUCGGUGCUUUUUUUUUCAGAUCCGGGUGGUUUUGCUGCGUUUUUUUUUUGGUCAUCCAAGCGAACCGCUGUGCUUGAUAAAGUGGUGGCACACAGACUUCCUAGAGCUUCAUCAACAAGGUGGAACUUUCACAGUCGUGCUGUUAACACCAUUUUUGAGCACAAGGACGACCUCCUGAAAUGUUUUCGGACCACCAGAGAGAAUGGUGAAUUUGAUGCAACAACUGUGAGAGAGGCUGGGGUUUUUUUUUCUUGCAUUUUUUCAUAAGAUCAUGGCACAUGUAGACAUGCUGUUUAACCAGCUGCAAAAGAGGAACAUCGACUCUGUCUACAUCACAGGAGUCAUUCAGAGGUUCACCAACAGCAUACAAGCUAUCAGGUAGGCAAUGUCAUUUUUCACAUUGACUGAUUAAAUGUCUAUGAUGAGAACAAACAUUAAUUACAUGUCAGAAUAACUCAUAAUUUUGAUAAUAAUAACUAAGCCAUUUUUCACAAUUUUAAAGACAUCCAGUUGGGAUGAGCUAGUAAAAAUGUAUUAAUGUAGUGACAAUACACAGCUGGACUAAUUUUAUAUCUCCAGCAGGUUUCUGAAACUGUAAUUGUGCACAGCGACUUAUGAAUCAUCUGUUUUGUAUCAGGGACUCUGUUCCUCUAUCUGUGCAGCAGCCAUCCACAAAGAAACGGAAGCCCCCUAGGCCAAGAGGAGCAGAACCGGUUAGCUUCAGAGGUAAGCUGUAACAUUGUUCUAUAUACAGGACAUGAGGUGUUUUACUUUUGGUAUCUUUGUUUGUCUUAAAUUCCUGUGUAAAACAGUUAGCCUAUGCCUUUAAAUAUUAACUAUUCACCAUACAGCUACUGAAAAAAGCAAACACGCUAAAAUGUUUAGAUGUAGUUAUUUCAUAUUCAUGAUAUUUAACAAUAAGCUAUCCUUGUCCUUGUGAGAUACUAAUAAUAUUUACAUGGUGAUAUAUGAACAUUUAAUUAUACUGUUUAUUAUGUGUUUUUUUUAAAUGAUGUAUCAUUUCAUAGGUAUGUGAUACCAUUCUGAGUCAUGCCAAGGAGAGGCAUUCUUUCACUAAGCACCUCAUCAGAGCCACUCUGCUGCAAGGAGACUUGUUCCCCCAACACAGCGUAAAGUGCCCAGAUUCAGCGCUGGAAACCACUGUGGAAGCCUACCCCACACUGGACAAGGCCAAACUGAAGACUGAAUUGUCCCUGGUCUAUGAAAAUGACCAGAGUUCAAGGCUUGCAGUGGCACACUGGCUCUCUUCCAGGUUUUCAUGGAAAACAACCUUCAGGACACAUUCAGCAAGACCACGCGGAAUAUUGUUUCCGGGUGAUUGAUGUCGGGGGGUACGGAAGAACCAGCGAUGGUGGGAUUCUGGCCAACUCUGCUUUUGGUGCAGCUCUUCAGUCUGGGACCCUCCAACUGCCUGCCGAGCUGCCACUACCAGGAGCUGACCACCGAGGACCACAGCCGCUUGUCUUUGUGGCUGAUGAGGCCUUUCCACUUCGGAAAAACCUCAUGAGGCCAUUCCCUGGUCGCAACCUGGCAAGAGAGCGCCGGGAUUUCAAUUACCGUCUGUCCCGAACUCGGAUGGUUGUGGAGAAUGCCUUUGGGAUCCUUUCUUCCCAGUGGAGGGUCUACAGGCGUGCCUUCGAGGUCAACGUUGAAGUUGCGGAGAAGUGUGUGAAGGCUACCUGUGUUCUCCACAACUUCAUGCGGAGGACCACCCCCCCCAAGUGCAUUGAGGGGGAACAUCCCAGUUGGCGAGGUGGACCCACUGCCAGGUCUACGGAGAGUUGUGCCAACAACUCAGCGAGGGAAGCCAUCAGGAUUCGGGAGGCCUUCAAGUACUACUUCUCUGCUGAGGGAACCGUCCCAUGGCAAGACAACGUGUAGCGCACCAGCACACCCAAAACGGCUCUUUUAAGAGCCACCCACACAUUACUAUUGAGCAAACUUCCUGAAAUUACUUUAUUGAAAGUGAUCUUCUGACUUAAUGAAGAAUGUCUCCUUAAGGCGAGACACGGCAGGCAAAAUCAUCGAUUUUUCAGUCUCUGGUCAAUUUUGAUAUUUUGGGCUAUUUUGCACCGUUAACAUGUAAUGUUUCAUACAAAAGAAAAAAAAAAGUCAAAACAAAACAUUUAGGUGUUUGUUUUAGUAUAGUUUGUCAACUUGCGCCUCUGAAUUUUACAGAAGAUUCACCAAAAGUUUGCUUUACGCACCGUUUCAAAUGACAGCCGGUCUCUAUCAUAUGUGUUCCGUGGUAUCGUUGGAAAGCACUCGAUCUGCUGCACAACAUAAAACUGAUAUCUGAUUGGCUGGACUCGAUUUCCGACAAGACGAUUGGUUCGAAUGUAUCACGUGGUAUGCUCUCACGCUUCCUGGUUAGCUUUCCGUGGGACAUUCAUUUUUCGAGAUGGCGCGUCGAUUUAAAGCAUCCAAGAAAAGAGCCAAGCAAUUGGCACUUGCGCGAAAGAUUAUUGAGAGGGGAAGCAAUACAUCAAACGAUGACAUUCCGGAAAGUGCAUCGUUGCGUAAAUUGAAGCAGCAGAGUCCUGAUCGCGGCAGUGACCAAUAUGCCACUCAGCAGUGGCUCAUAGUUCAUGUUGCUCGCUUGAACGAGCUAAUAGGUGAUCUUAUUUGUCCAAACUGUACUGGAUCUGGCUUGCAAAUUCAAAUCGAUCCACAAGAUCAGGGAUUUUGUAAUAGUUUGUUGCUUGAGUGCAGUUUGUGUGAACGGGACAAAUACUGCAAAAGUGUGUUUACAUCCACACGUCUUCACCAGGAGACUAGAGGUGACGUCGCAUUUGAUGUAAAUAUCAGGAUGGUGCUUUUAGCUCACGAAUUAGGAUUGGGGUAUGCAGCGCUCAAAAAGAUAAGCAAGAUUUUGGGGAUUCCUGGCUUGUGUCUCAAAACUUUCCAGAGACACGAUAAGACAGUGACAGGUAGGCUAUGGCAAGUCUUUGUGUGAGUAUAUAAUAAAAACAAAUAAAGUGGCAUUUCAUCAAAAAAUCAUAAAAUCAGACUAUAUGAAAAUAACCAGAAAUGUUAGUGAUAACAUUAUACAUAUCAUUUUAGUGGCAGAAAUCGAGAGAGGUCUGGAGUCAAUGCAGAGAACCAGGGACCAGAUCAGGGAGGCAUACUCCGAGAUUGAUCCUGAUGUGGCUGACAUAAUAAGGGAGGAUGAGAAUGCCACAAUCAACAUCAGUGUGUCGUUUGAUGGCACAUGGCAGAAGAGAGGUUUCACUUCCCGCCACGGCAUUGGCGUGUGCAUCGACAUCCUCACUGGACUGGUAUUGGACUUUGAGGUGCUAUCCUCCUACUGCCACGCCUGUACCCUGAGAGAGAGUGCUAGGCGAGAUGGUAAAAUGACACAGGAAAAGUUUGAAAGCUGGAAGGAGACCCAUGUAGACUGUGCAAAAACGUUCUCAGGGUCAAGUAAGGCCAUGGAGCAGGAGGCAGCCAAGAGGAUGUGGGCCAGGUCUGUCUCCCAACAUCAACUGCGCUACACAGAGAUGCUGUCAGAUGGGGACAGUGCAGCAUUCAGGCAGGUGGUUGAACUCAACCCAUACCCUGGGCAUGAAAUAACCAAGCUUGAGUGCAUAAAUCACGCGCACAAGCGCAUGGGCACAGCUCUGAGGAAUCUGAGUGCUAAGGCUAAGUUAGGGGGCAAAGGUCAGGGUAAGCUCACUGCCAAGAAAUGCAAAGCCUUGCAGAACUUUUACAGGGGAGCUAUUUUAAAUAACCAAGGGUCAGUUGAUGUAAUGAAGGCACAAAUAUGGGCAGGUCUCCUCCACUGCAUGUCCAGUGAUGACAAUCCAAUGCACACUAGAUGUAGUCCAACCUGGUGUUGGUACAGGAGAGCAGAGGAGAAUGGAGAAAAUCCAGACAGCCAUCGGCUUCAUGCAGGCAACUCGUUAUCACGAGAGGUGGGUCAGAAACUCAUCCCUGUGUAUCACCGGAUGUCCAGUGACAGCCUGCUCACACGCAUGCAGCAUGGAAUGCCAACGAAUGCCUCAAUUCGGUAAUAUGGGCCCGAUGUCCAAAGACAGUCUUUGUUGGGAAAACCAGGGUUGAGGCUGCAGCCAGUAUGGCCAUUUCUACUUUUAAUGAGGGUGCCUCUGCUAUGCUGGCUGUGAUGGAGAAGUUGUGGCUCCAGAGUACAGUGGUUACUGUCAAUCGGAUGAAAGUUGAUGACAUGGUCCGAAUAUCAAAAGCCAAUAGUGUCCAUUCCGCAAGUGCAAAGCGGAAACGUAAAAGUGUAAGCACAGCCAGAAAAGUGAAAAGACACCAGCAGGAGAUAGAGGAGGGCCCUACAUAUGGUGCUGGCAUGGAGAUGUAGAUUGCACAUUCAUUUGGGGGAACUAUGUUGUGUAAUGUUUAAGUUUUGUUAUGUAAUAUUCUUUAGUUUUGCCAUAAAAAUCUUUAAAGGCCGUUUUCUCAAAAUGAGUCUUUCCUCACACGCCAAGCAAGGAAUCUCCAUUUCUGUAGCACCUACAUACACCAAACUUAAGAAUCUUAUUCUCAGCUACUAUCUGAAGAUAUUUACAGGGAGAUUUGUUGAUAUAUCAUUCUUGGCCUGAUUUACAUGACAUUUUAUGCAUAAAAAUAGGGCGGAAAUACAUAUUUUUAAGGCAUUGGCAGUAUUUUCUGAUUAACUGGAUAGCGAAAGGAGAUAUCCAUAAUCCCCUCUGUAAAUAUUUUUCUAUUUAAUAUAGCAACAACAUGAAAAAAUAAUUUUGAGCCUGGCUUUUUCCAAUGGUCCGAUUCUUCGUUUCAAAAUGUAUGCAUAUUUGCGCAUAUUUUAUUAGAUAUAGCCUAAUUAGCAUAUCUUAACAUACAAUUACAGAAAACUUCCAAUGCAUUUUUUUCUUCUAAUCAUGUGGCUAAUCAACCGGUAAAGUUUCAUAAAGAUAUCUGUAAGUUAAAAAAAAAAUCCUAUUCACCUGCCGUGUCUCGCCUUAACAUACAACAGUAAUAUGCCAUUAUUAACUAAGUUUGUUAAUGUUAAAGUUAGUUUAUAUUUUGUAAUCAGGUAACUGUGACAGUCCUGAGCCGUCUUGCUUCCCUUCUGCUGGCCUCUGUUCUUCUUCCAGGGAAGCUGAUUGGCUGGCCACCUCAUUGAGGGAUUGAACUCACCUGCAGGAAGCCGAAGAAGCAGAAGCAGAAGAUGGGGGGAAUCCAACAUGGCGCUCUCGCUCUCCCACCUGGAAGGCUGGUGCUGCCUGGCACCCAACUGGGUUUUGUUUGGGGGUGUUAUUCUAGCCCUUUAGCAUACUCAUAGUUUAGUUUAACUGUAAACACAACUCUACACUACAGAAUGCUGAUUUGUGGUUUUUUCGAGUUACUAAAUGAAUGUAACGUUCAUUUAACUGUUGCUGCGUGGACCUCCCGUUCUUGGUUGUGCUCUUCAACGAGCAGGGCACAACAUAACUGACAAAAUUACCUUAAACAAAGUUGCUUGGACCCCAAAAUCUGUGGCACAAAAUAAUUUGCAACAUUUCCCUCAAGCAACAUAAAUGGCCAUUCAAUAAGGAAUAUGAAGACACAUUUUUGGUAUAAUUUUUUUUUUAUUGGUGUCUGUGUGUGUGUAAACAAAAAAAACAAAACAAAAUGGGCAUGGAUCAUUCCCUGCAACGAUUGUCACCCCAGAACUUAGUCAUCGACUGGUCCAAAUUAAUUGAUCAAAUUAAACUCUACUGGAUUAUGAACACAGUUUGCCUCGUGCAAUAAUGUAUAAAUUUGGAAUUGAAUUUGUUCCUUUGCAUUGGGUGGCAAUCGUUGCAGGGAAGGAAGUAUUGCUUUUAAAAAGUGCUCAUCCUCUGAGAGGACAGGUGGAGGCACAGGUGCGUUCUGCUUCCUCAGCACCUCCAGGAGUAAGGUCUCGAUCUCCGUCUCCCUUUUUCUGUUUUGUGUCCUCACUGUUUCAAAUGGAAACAAAAUGUUUGGGUCAGGUAACAGACAAAAAUACAUUCAACAUGAAAGGCUAUGAGUACAUAACUAGUCAUACUCAUAACAUACCAUUCAUGCAUAGGAACCCUUAUGACCACAUAAAACGAAGUGUAGCAUAAAAUAAAUGUAAUUUCACUCAUGUUAAAUGACAUACCUGGGGCAAUAGGAGGAGUGGUGACAGCAGCAGUUGGUGGUGGUGGUGGAAUGGGUUCAGAGGCAGCAGCAGCCUCCGGCUCCUCAUCAUCUUGAGGUGACGAGGUAGUUAUCAAUCUAUAGAACAAAUCAUGCUGUGUAUGGGCGUGCAUAUGUGUCUUCGCUUAUCGACCAACCUCCUAGGUCACACGCUGUCCCUGCUGCUGCCUCUGAACCGUGGUCCUCGACUGGGUACUCUGCAAUCCUGUCUACCUCGACCCCCAGCACCAUAUUCCUACUGGUCUCCCUCGGAGUAACAAAUGGGCCGAGGAAAGACAGGAUUGCAGAGUACUUCCAAUUCUUCAACGGGCCUGCUGCUGACCCACUCCUCUUUCCUGCCUCCUCCCUGCGUUUCACCCUGAGGUACGUGUCCCUCAGGACCUUCCACCUUCAUCGGCAUUCCUCCUCUUGACAAGAAAAAAGCCUGCGCUGUGUGUAAUUCGAACUGAGCUGUUAAAUGCUAACUGCUCACUAAGUAGCUUGGUCCAAUUGAUAGCUGGAAUAAAGUAACUUUUAAAGUAAAGUAAAUUCAAAAAGACUUACCAGUUAGCCCGACCUCCUCGCUCACCUUCAGCCAAGCCUUGGCCUUGACCGUCCGGUCCUUGUAAAUAGCCAAGGUUGUGUUAAAGAUCACCGGGUAUGCGGAGACUGCAAUUAUAAUCUUCUCCUCCAUUUUAGCGCUUUGAUCUGGAUCAGGUAGUGAACUCUAGGUCACUCCAAGGGAGUAACCCUGAUUGGCUGUUACGGCAUGUCACUCAGUGGCAACGCCUCAGUGGCAACGCUGUUGAACGCUGAUUGGCUGUCAUCACACGUUUGCUGCCGA